GCGAAAAGCAAGCAGCAAAGUCUACAGAGGAACCUGCAGCAAGAGAAUUCCACUUCUGAAAGCCACUUCUGUCUCGGCUCCUCGUGGGGAUUGGCCAGGGCAGCUUGUUAAUGCGAUUAUUCUCUUGAAGGAAAUCAAAGUUCCUAUAAAUAGAGUGGGCUCCAGACUCACAAAGUCACUCCCGGAGUGUUUGAUUCGUCUUGAAAGACAGAAUGACAAAUCAUGUGGAGCAUCCUGCUGGGGGUUACAAAAAACUCUUUGAAACAGCUGAGGAGCUGGCGACCCCAAUGGCCACCCAUGUAACAGGACGGGUACCCCCCUGGCUAUCAGGAAGCCUCUUGCGAUGUGGGCCUGGUUUAUUUGAAGUUGGAUCAGAACAAUUUUAUCACUUAUUUGAUGGCCAAGCUCUUCUCCAUAAGUUUGAAAUCAGAGAAGGACAUGUGUCAUAUCAUCGCAGAUUUGUUCGUACUGAUGCAUAUGUAAGGGCUAUGACAGAAAAGAGAAUUGUAAUUACUGAAUUUGGUACCUUUGCCUAUCCUGAUCCAUGCAGGAACAUAUUUUCCAGGUUUUUUUCAUACUUCAAGGGUUUGGAGGUAACAGACAAUGCUCUGGUAAAUGUGUAUCCUGUGGGAGAGGAUUAUUAUGCCUGUACAGAGACCAAUUACAUAACAAAAGUUAACCCAGAAACUCUGGAAACUGUCAAAAAGGUUGAUCUGUGUAACUACAUAUCCAUUAAUGGAGUUACUGCUCAUCCACAUAUCGAAUCCGAUGGGACGGUUUAUAAUAUUGGGAACUGCUUUGGAAAAAAUUUUGCCAUUGCAUACAAUGUUGUAAAAACCCCCCCUCUACAAGCAGACAAAGAAGAUCCAAUAACAAAGUCCACGGUUGUUGUUCAGUUUCCCUGCAGUGACAGAUUUAAGCCUUCUUAUGUUCACAGCUUUGGAAUGACUCCAAACUAUUUAGUUUUUGUUGAACAACCUGUAAAAAUAAACUUAUUAAAGUUCCUGUCUGCAUGGAGUAUUUGGGGAGCCAACUACAUGGACUGCUUUGAGUCACACGAGACUAUGGGGGUAUGGAUGCAUGUGGCAGAAAAGCAUACAGGUGAAUACCUCAAUAUAAAAUACAGGACAUCUGCAUUCAACAUUUUCCAUCAUAUUAAUACUUACGAAGACAACGGGUUUUUGAUUUUGGACGUCUGUUGCUGGAAAGGAUUUGAGUUCAUAUACAAUUAUUUGUACUUGGCCAACCUACGGGAAAAUUGGGAAGAAGUGAAAAAACAUGCAGAAAAAGCUCCUCAGCCUGAAGCACGCAGAUAUGUUCUACCUCUUGAUAUUAACAAGAAUGAUGUUGGGAAGAAUUUAGUAAGUCUGAACUACACAACAGCCACAGCUACCCUGCACAGUGAUGGCACGAUCUGGCUUGAACCCGAAGUCCUGUUUUCUGGUCCUCGCCAAGCCUUUGAAUUUCCACAAAUCAAUUAUAAGAAAUAUGGGGGGAAAGAUUACUCCUAUGCUUAUGGGCUGGGACUGAAUCAUUUUAUUCCAGACAGGCUUACCAAGCUAAAUGUUAAAACUAAAGAAACCUGGGUAUGGCAGGAACCAAACGCAUACCCUUCGGAGCCUAUUUUUGUCCAAGCACCAGAUGCCAUUGAAGAAGAUGAUGGAAUAGUGCUGAGUGCGGUUAUUAGCCCUGCUGUGGGACAUAAGCCAUCUUACCUGCUAAUUCUGGAUGCCAAGGACAUGAGUGAAAUUGCAAGAGCCGAGGUUGACACCAUUAUUCCAGUCACAUUCCACGGAAUGUUCAAAAGAGCUUGACCAAAAAAACCUGAACAGAAUUAUCAACGUUGGUUCUAAAUCUUUAACAUAAAGAUUGAUGACAAGAUGCAUUUACACUGUCCAAACCAGCGGUUUAUCCUGCCAACAUAUGAUUUAUUCUCUAGGAAAGCACAGCUGCCAUCCAAGUCAGAGAUAAAAGUGCUCAGAGAUAUGUACUCUGUAGAUUUAGAUUGGUGUCACAGCGGCAGACAUGUGAAGGACUGAUCAUCUAACAGUGAAUCACUUGGAACAAAAGAAGUGACCUGAAGCUUCUCAAAUGUUAGAAGGCAUACAAAUGUAACCAAUCAUAUAGGCUUAAAUACUCCAUCUGCAUAAGCAACCUGCAUGCAAAAUGUAUUGUCGUUUGACUAAUUUCACAGAGAAUUAAAAAAAUAUUAAAUCCA